AUGUGCACUCAUGCUACCGACAAUCAACUUCUCCCGGCCAUCUCUAAGAUACGAGAUCAUGGCGAAUUCGUUGACCUCGUGCUCAGCCAUAACGCUGGAAGCUUCCACGUCCACCGUAUCAUUGUCUGUCCUCAAUCGAAGGUGUUCUAUAAGGCAUGCACUGGUGGGUUUAAGGAGGAGUUUACAGGCACCAUUCAGAUGGAUCAUGUGCACCACGUAGAACUAAAGAAAUUGGUCGACUUUCUCUACAGCUCUGAGUAUGAUGACUCCCUGCUAGAGGAAGCUGACAUAUCCCUACUCCAACUCCAUGCCAGGAUGUUUGCACUUGCAGAUCAGUACGACAUUCCAGGCUUAAUCCAUUUAGCUGCAGAAAAGUACUAUUCUAGGUGCACCACAUCAUGGGAACCUCUGGAGCUGCUAGUUUCACUCCAAGAUGUCUAUGAAACCACAACUGUCAGUACUAAACAGCUGCGAAACAUAGCCUGCCUAGCCAUCCGGAAGCAUUUGCCAGAAAUGCUUGAUAACAAGGAGGUCGCAGAAAUGUAUAAUAAGGUCCUCUCUGAAAUUCCCGACUUCACAAAGGAUCUAUUGAGAUGCUAUACUACUAUUCCUUUUCUUGGACAUUGCCUAUCAUGUCAUUCGCAUCAAAGAAUGGAAGUUUUGCAAGCAAGGUGCAUGAAAUGUAAGAAAGGUAAUUCAGGUUACUGUUGGUAA